GUGGAGCGAGAAAUCUCAAUUAAUGUAGGAAAUUAAACGGGAGUUUUUAAAUCUGGGUGGGUGGGAAAACUAAAUUAAUCUGCAGCUAACUAAUCUGAUGCUUGGUGUGGACUCCAGCCACGUCCCUUGAGUUGAGUUUGAAGUUUUGAGUUGCUGUACUCUGGCAGCCCGAUCUGGCUCCAGCUUUAAGAGGGAUUCAAAGCUGCACGAAACUCCACUCCUGCGGCUUGUGUGCUUGUCCGGGAGGUGUGGCGAAGCGUCACGAAACUUGUUUUGAAUGGUUCGAAGACCGGACCAACGAGACUGGUGUAACAUAAUCCCUGUUACUGCGGGGAAAAAACAUUGACCUCUAUCUGCGCGGCUGAGAGGAGAGUAUCAGGAAAUGAUUGUCUCCCGACAAAGUGGGCACCGAAAGUCCUGCCCUGCUUGAAAAAGAAAAAAAAGCUGGCCAGCUUCUUAAAGCCGGGAGUUUGAGAGGGCAGAAUGUGCACUCGAUUCAAAGGUGCUCGUGCUUGCGGCCCAAGUUAAUCGCCGUGAUUCACUGACUACCUGGGAAGGAAUCCUCCUCGCUGUUCCUUUCAGACGCUGCAGUAUUUUCAAGUCGCUGGAUCGACCAAGAAGAGGACUAGACAAUCAUCUCCAACAUGUUCAGCAAGAAGAAGAAGCGGGUGGAGAUCUCAGCGCCGGUGAAUUUCGAACACCGGGUUCACACCGGCUUUGACCAGCAGGAGCAGAAAUUCACCGGGCUCCCCCGGCAGUGGCAAAGUCUCCUCGAGGACACGGCCAAGAGGCCCAAGCCGAUGGUCGACCCCUCGUAUAUCACGCCCAUCCAGCUCGCCCCCCGUAAGGCCAUUGUUCGAGGCAGCAAGAUUGGAAUCGAUGGCUCGCUAAACUGGCUUCUGGAUGAGUUUGAGAAUGUUUCCGUCACCCGCUCCAAUUCGCUGCGGCGAGGGAGCCCGCCGUCGCUGCCCCAUCGCGACCAAGCGCAGGAUGUGAUGCACAGGAACGGGAUGCACGACGGCCACCCCAGGGGCGCCUACCCAGCAGAGCUGGAGAGGUACCACGAGCACCGGGCGAGAACUGACGUGGCCAGGCCGGGCUCGCGGGACGAGAGGGACCAGGGCAGGGACGACCGGCACAGGAGCCGGCAGCACGGCGAGCGGGACGAGGGGCGGGCGUACCCGCAGCAGCCCAGGGGGCAGGAGCCGAGCCGGACCGGCCACCGCGACAAGGAGCCGCGCCCCGAUCACCGCAAGGCCUCCGACGCCAGGGGCAAGGGGGACGGCCGCAGGGGCCACCCCGGCGAGCGCGAGGCCAACCAUGUGGGCGAGCAGGAACACUUGGCGAGGCGGGAGAGGAACGACGGCGCCGACAAGAGGCCAAAGUCCACGUACACGGGCGAGAUCAGCCCGCAGUCCCCGCGGGACAAGCGACCCCUCUCCGGGGCAAACGCCCGCUCUCCAAACGUUCCCGAUGCCGAUGGAGCGUUGAAGAGCAUGCACCACCUGGCAAGACCCUUCAAUACCUACCCAAUGGCCGAUACAUCGGCAAAUAGGGGCACCAGCAGCCAGGUUGACCUCCGGGUUGGAAUACCCCACGACCUCAGACACAAUGGACCCAACGUGGCCAAACACAGCCCGACUAGACCGGAACAGGGCCACUUCAAAGGGGCCCCGGUGGACCCCGCGCCCAGCGGCCUGGCCCCGAACGCUUCCGACACGCACCCGGCCCGAAGCCCCCAGCCCGGCCCCCCGGCCUCGUACCCCGCCCCCCCCCCGGGGCCCGACCUCCGCUCGCCCCAGCGGGAGCCCCAGCGGGUGUCCCACGAGCAGUUCCGGGCCGCCCUGCAGAUGGUGGUGGACCCGGGAGACCCCCGCACCUACCUGGACAACUUCAUCAAGAUCGGCGAGGGAUCGACCGGCAUCGUCUGCAUCGCCACCGUGAAGAGCACCGGCAAGCUGGUCGCCGUCAAGAAGAUGGACCUGCGCAAGCAGCAGCGGAGGGAGCUGCUCUUCAAUGAGGUUGUGAUAAUGCGUGACUACCAUCAUGAAAAUGUGGUGGAGAUGUACAAUAGCUAUCUCGUGGACGAUGAGCUGUGGGUGGUGAUGGAAUUCCUGGAGGGGGGAGCACUGACUGACAUCGUAACACACACCAGGAUGAAUGAAGAACAGAUAGCCACCGUCUGCCUGUCUGUGCUGAAGGGGUUGGCAGUCCUCCACGCACAAGGGGUGAUUCACAGAGACAUCAAGAGUGACUCCAUUCUCUUAACUCACGACGGAAGGGUGAAGCUUUCCGACUUUGGGUUCUGUGCCCAGGUAUCGAAGGAUGUGCCAAGGCGCAAGUCACUAGUGGGCACCCCUUACUGGAUGGCACCAGAGCUGAUCUCCCGGUUGCCGUAUGGACCAGAGGUUGAUAUUUGGUCUCUGGGCAUCAUGGUGAUCGAGAUGGUCGAUGGGGAGCCUCCAUACUUCAAUGAACCUCCUCUGAAGGCCAUGAAAAUGAUACGGGAUAAUCUGCCUCCCAAACUGAAGAAUGGUCAGAAGGUCUCGCCCCUGCUGAAGGGGUUUCUGGAGCGGCUGCUGGUUCGGGACCCGUCGCAGCGAGCGAUGGCGACGGAGCUACUGAAGCACCCCUUCCUGAGCAAGGCGGGCCACUCCUCAUGCAUUGUCCUACUGAUGAGAAUGAACCGGACUAAAUGAGCGAGCAGCUUGUGAGUUAGUGAACACGACUGGGAGAGGAGAAAAGAAAAUCUGUGAUUUUUUUAAAAACUAGGAAGCCUAUAUCUCAUAAAUAAAACAUUUGGCAUUUACGAGAGCGGGAUGUUUGAUGUCUGGGCCUGCGAGAUGUCACCUUGUCUGUGGGGGGAACGCUGCUCCCAACUGCACCUCCCGUCGGGACCUUGACACUACUGUUUCACAAAAGGGGCAGAACCACAACGGAGAGAUAUCGAUACUACUGAACGCCGACUUUUGGUACCGUGUAACUUAAAAGCAAAAGACUGUUGCCGGAUGAGUUAUGUAGUUUAAAUGCUUAUACAACAGCUGAGAGGAACUACACUGGAAUUUUAUAUAAAUAUAAAAAAUAAGUGUGUAUAU